AUGGUCAAGGAGAAGCAAACUCGCACCUAUGAUCGUGAUGGAUAUCGCAGACGGGCCGCCUGUCUGUGCGUUCGCAGCGCUGAUGAGAGCGAGAUUCUCCUCGUCACCAGCAGCCGCAUGACCGACCACUGGAUCGUGCCGGGCGGCGGCGUGGAGCCGAAUGAGGACGCCAGCGAGGCGGCCAUUCGCGAGACGGAGGAGGAGGCGGGCGUCCGGGGCGUCAUCAAGCGCUGCCUGGGCGACUUUGAGGUGUGCGACGAGAAGAGGGAGCGGAAGCACCGCACCUCGGUGUACGUCCUCCAGGUCGGUGAAGAGCUCACUGAGUGGGAGGACUGCAAAGCCCGUCUCCGGCGGUGGUUUCCCCUGGAGGAGGCGCUCAGGCUGCUGGCCGUCCACAAGCCG